CCUUCCGCGCAGGCGCGGCCUGAGGUCCACGCGCGGCGUUAUGUCUGCGCUGCACGUCUCGCGUGUCCGGGCCUUGUAUCGGCGCAUUUUGCUGCUGCACCGGGUUCUGCCCCCAGACCUCAAAGACCUUGGCGACCAGUACGUGAAGGACGAAUUUAGGAGGCACAAGACCGCUGGUUCUAAAGAGGCCGAGCGAUUCCUGCAGGAAUGGGAGGCAUAUGCAGCAGUGCUGUGGCAACAAGCUAAUGAAAACAGACAAAAUUCAACUGAAAAAUCAUGUUUUGGAAUCUCCCUACCAGAAGAAAAACUUGAUGACUUUCGUGAUGAACAGAUUGGACAAUUACAGGAACUGAUGCAAGAAGCCACUAAACCCAACAGGCAAUUUAAUAUUACUGAGUCUAGGAAACCAAAGUUUUAAUCUACACAAUAAAAUUUAAAAAAGCAUUUCAAGUUCAGAGCCCUUUAACUAUCUAUCAUUGGUUUUUAAAAUUUGUUUCUUAAGCUUUCAGAUUUGAAAAUGCCUGGUGUUAAUGAAAUAUUCUUUUGGGGGAUAUUUUGAAUGUUGUCUGUAAUAUACAGAUCAGGAUCAUGAGUUGAUGAAACUACAUUUAUUGAAGUAGUAACAGUUGCUGGAUAGGAUUUGUGUUUUGGACUACAUAAGAAAGAAUGGUUCUAAACUGGACAAGCUUGUGAAAUAUUCCCCAAAAUUUUAUAUGUAAAUUUGUUUUAAUGCUAUUCAUGUUUAAGCAUUAGUCUCAUGGCUCUAGCUAUAUCAGAUAAGUAUUUCAUGAUCAUGAUAGAUACAGAAUUCCAAGGUCAUUACUUAAUUUCUAUUUGCAUGGAAUACUUUUUUGUAUCCUCUCACUUUUGUUCAGUAUCCCUAGAUCUGAAGUGGGUCCCUUGUAAACAGCAUUUAUAGGGAUCUUGUUUUUGUAUCCAUUCAGCCAGUCUGUUUUUUGGUUGGAGCAUUUAAUCCAUUUAGAUUUAAGGUAAUUAUCAAUAUGUAUGUUCUUAUUGCCAUUUUGUUAAUUAUUUUGAAUUUGUUUUUGUAGGUCUUUUUCUUUUUCUUUUUUUGGUUUAUGGUUACCAUGAAUUUUUAAUAUAGCAGUCUAUAUUUUAAGUUGCUGGUCUCAAAUGCAUUUCCAGUAUCCUGCAUUUGUACUCUCUUCUCACAGUCACUGGUUUUGAUGUUUGUGUGUGGAUGAUUGCCUACUUUUACUGUGUGUUUGCCUUUAUGGGUGAGCUUUCCCAUUUGUAAUUUUCUUAUUUGUAGUUGUAGCUUUUUCUUUUCUGUCUAUAGAGAAGUUCUUUAGCAUUUGUUGUAAAACUGGUUUAAUGGUGCUGAAUUCUCUUAGCUCUUGAUUGUCUAUAAAACUUCUGAUUUCUCUGUC